CCAGCCCCGGAGCGUCUCCCACACCUCGGCUGCUCCUACGAGACCAAUGGGAGCCCCUACCUCCUUCUCCAGCCUGCCAAGAAGGAGAUGGUCUGGAUCCGACCCUACGUGGCUUUGUACCAUGAUUUCAUCAGCGAUGCCGAGGCUGAGACCAUCAAGGGGUUGGCGGGGCCCUGGCUGCAGAGGUCCGUGGUCGCCUCUGGGGAGAAGCAGCAGAAAGCCGAGUACCGGAUAAGCAAGAGCGCCUGGCUGAAGGACACCGCCGACCCGGUGGUGCGGGCGUUGGAGCAGCGCAUUGCUGCCGUCACCGGCUUGGACCUACGGCCACCCUAUGCUGAGUACCUGCAGGGGGGCAACUAUGGGUUGGGGGGCCCCUACCACUACGAGCCACACUUCGACCAUGCUACGUCCAGGAAGAGCCCCCUUUACAGAAUGAAGUCAGGCAACAGGAUCGCCACGGUCAUGAUCUACCUGAGCUCGGUGCAAGCUGGCGGCUCCACCGCCUUCAUCUACGCCAACUUCAGCGUGCCCGUGGUUAAGAACGCGGCUCUUUUCUGGUGGAACCUGCGGAGGAACGGGGACGGUGACGGGGACACCCUGCACGCCGGCUGCCCCGUCCUGGCUGGGGACAAGUGGGUGGCAAAUAAGUGGAUCCACGAGCACGGGCAGGAGUUUCGACGGCCGUGCAGCACUGACCCACACGACUGAGCUGCCGUAGGCUCAAGGAUGUGGCACCCAUGGGU